UCGUGCUAAAUUAGUCAUUUCCUGUUAUUCCCUACUCCAGUAGCCAUCCGCUAGAUUGAACUAGACCAUUUAAGACAGCACAACACGAACAAACAAUACUAUUUUCUAGACAGAUAACUUUUCAGAAAUACUUACAAUUUUAAAAUGCUGUUUUUAAGUGAAAAGUUUUGGUUUUACUUCAUCGCAUCUUGCAUUUACAAUACAGCAAGUGCAGACGUCUCUGAAAAACCAACCUUAGCUUUGCAACAAGACUGGCCAGAGUCUGAUUGGAAAUUUCUCAUAUCUGAUGGGUCCCAACAGGUCUUUUCGCAGAACAAAUCCACCUUUAUUCUCAACUGCAGUGCACCCUACCCAAUCCAGUGGAAGAUCGAGGGAACAAUUGAACCACCAGAGUUUGUCAAGAUCCAGCCGUACCGCAGAACCACAAAUAGAAAUUCAGAAUCAUUUCUUUUGCAAAUCAUAAUAUUUUUUACCUCCAUUGAAAAUUCGUUUAGUUCUGCUACGAUUUCAUGCGAAAAAAUUGGGAGUCCUGAAAUCGUAUCAAAGUAUGAUGUCUUUGUUCCAUCAGAUGAAACUACUUUACUGUUGUCAAAGACGUUGGAACGUAUUUCGUCGAACUUCUUGGUUCCUUGUUCUACGACCAACCCAACCGUGCCCGUCACACUCCAUCGCGUCAAGGACAAUGGAGAAUUAGUCAAAGUUGAAGGAGGGAAUCUGAGAUAUGUUGAGUCUAAAGGCUUCUUGUCAUCCAAAGCACUAGAAGGAAAAUUUGUGUGUACAGCGAAAAAUAGUAACGGAACCAAAAGUAGCGUCACAUUUACAAUUCCUAAUUCCUCAAUUAUUGGGGAAGCAAAAGGAUUUAUCGGGGAAGAUAUCGAAGUCUUCUGUCCUACGCCAAACUACACCGUCACCUCAGCAAAUAACAGCAGGCUUUUCGACCAAGUAAAAGUGCUACAAAUUUAUUCAGGAUAUAAAAUCUUGAUUCCUGCCAGGGCUUCUGGGAAGGGUAUUCUAAAAUGUGGUGUGAUUGCGUCUGGGAACGUUCCUCAAACUUGGAAUUUCGAAAUCUUAGGACAUGCACCGGAGCUGUACUUGGACAACUAUGAAGGAGAAGUGGAUUGCUUAUCAGAGUACUCAGACCGAUCUGUCGCAACUGUGCGCUGUCGCGACCCUUCUGACUGUGAGUACAUGAAACACUGCUUCGCGGAUCCCCAGUCGUGCAACUAUCGGCGACAGAAGCAAUUCCACUCACAAUUUCCUGGGCGCUGUUGGGUCCAAGAGAAGAACAAGGGAGCAGACUGCGCAAGUGUGCCGUAUUACCAUCUCAACGGCAUUGUCCAAUGUGGAAGUGGUGAACAUGCCAUAAAACGAUUCCUAUUCUUUGUGGGACUUGAUUAUCGUCGAUACUCCAAUUGGAAGGAAGCUCCAAAAAAUGCUCUCAUCCGCCUCGGACAUGAAGUUAAUGUUCGUAACAAAACCGAGUUUGUAUGCGAAGCUGUUUCGUUUUUAUUUGCUGAUAGCUUACGGUUUUCAAUAAAAUUUGAAAACGGAACGGAAGUGUUUUUGGAGUCGUCGGAUGCCAACCAAGGGUCGUCACUUUAUUCUCAUCGAAAGACGAGGGACGAAUUUAACGUGGUCAGAGUUCUCGAGAAAAUGGAGCCGUUCCCCUCAAACGUCAUUUCACUCAAGUGUCACGCUCCUUGGUGGAACUCAACGGAAUGGAUAACUUCCGAAAUUAAAUUACCAACUGGAGAAAAUAAUUGUUUGUAGAUUGAAUAAGUAUGUAAAUUAUGCACAAAUCUUGUUUAAUUAUAUUUCCAUCAGAUCAAAAUUUUGUAAAUAAAACCACGUAUCAUGAGUAAAUAUUGUAGAAU